GCACGGGACGGCCUCGCUCACGCCUGCAAGGCCCGAGGUGGAAACAAGGCUCCUCCUCCUCCCUGCCCUCGGGGGGUCGGGUGUGCGGGGAGCCAAAACUGACCCCCACGAGGAACCAAAUGGGGAAGCCAGUCUUACCGUCCUAGUCCUCCCCCACUCUCCGAAUAUCUCCAAAGCCACUCCCUCCCAAUCAACUGACUUUUAACAUGACAAUGGUCCUGACAAUCCCUUGGCCAAAGCCAGUCUGGGGAGGACAUAAAACAUUGCCCCUCACCGCCUAAUGGGGGUAUCUCCGUGCAGUAGGCGCGUCCGCAAUCAGCUCAUCGCCAGCAACAGCUGGAGGUGCCGUCCCGACCAUGAGCGCUCACCUGGCCAUGCCGUCUUAUGGCUCUGUUAGGUGCGGUCACUACUACUGGCCCUCUCCGAGCAGCAUGGAUAGUGCGUCCACCGAAGAAGCUCCGGCAACAGACCACUCGACCGCAGAGCAGAAGACGCCCUGCCACCCAGAUGCCUCUCCAGCCUCCUCCAGCUCUGGGACGCUCAUUCAGUAUACUCCGGACUCUGCCACUAGCCCUACUGGAGACCACCCAUCUCAACACCCCACUUAUCAGAAGGUCAAGGAUAAAGGUGAUAGUGGGGCAAGGAAGGGCAAGAGCCGCACGGCUUUCUCCCAGGAGCAGCUACAGACCCUGCACCAGCGGUUUCAGAGCCAGAAGUACCUCAGCCCACAUCAGAUCCGGGAGCUGGCUGCUGUUCUGGGGCUCACCUACAAGCAGGUGAAGACAUGGUUUCAGAAUCAACGGAUGAAGUUUAAACGUUGCCAGAAGGAGAGUCAGUGGGUGGAUAAAGGGAUUUAUCUACCACAGAGCGGGUUUCAUCAAGCUGCAUAUCUGGAUAUGACCCCUACAUUUUACCAGGGCUUCCCUGUUGGUGCCAGCAGAAACCUUCAGGCUGUGACCACUGCACACCAGGCCUACAGCAGCGGCCAGACUUACGGGAAUGGGCCGGGCCUGUACCAGAUCGUGGCUAUGGAAGAUGAUGAGUUCUUUGGAAAAGGUGGAACAAGCUGCAACACCCAGCAGGCCAUGGGUUUAUUAAGUCAGCAGAUGAACUUCUAUCAUGGCUACUCUACCAGUGUGGAUUAUGACAGCUUGCAGGCAGAAGAUACCUACAGCUUCCAGAGCGCCUCUGAUAGUAUCACACAGUUCUCAAGCUCUCCUGUACGGCAUCAGUACCAGGGCCCUUGGCAUACCCUGGGGACCCAGAGUGGUUAUGAGACUUAGACCUAAGUAUUGUUCUUUUCCUUCCUCCUGUUCUACCUCAUGAGGUUUCUAAGGUCUUGACUCAAAGAUCCAAUUUCAAUUCCUUUCUUUUGCCCCUCCUUCUCAGUUUGUGCUUUAACUGUUGGUGGGGUCUAGCACCUUGUUGCUUUGGGUUUCUUUUCUCUUUAAAGGCAUCUCUGUGCUUUGCAAAGCUAGCCCUUUGCAAGGCUGUUCUGUGUGUGGACAGGUGAAAUUGCAUUUAUGGAGGGGAAUGUGCAAUGCCACAGUCAGGAGCAGUGGAGAUGGUGAAGAUCUGUGCUUACUGUCCAAGACCCACUCUGCUGCCUCUAGCGGGUGAUUCUCUGAUCUUUGCCAUGUGUCUUGCAGCCAAAACUUGGAGAAGACUUAAUUUUUGCAAGGAAUACUCUAUUUGUAGCCUAUAGUCUUUCCUGCUGUCUUGCCUUUUUCUGCUGCAACUUCAGUCAUGCUUAUCUGUAUAUCAGAAUUCACAAGCAAUUUGUGAAUACAGUGACAAAUACCAUUGGCAGCUUUUUCAAAGGUAAAGAAUAGGCAAAAGUUAUAUUAAAAAUUGUUUCAUGGUUAGUUAUUCUGAAACCUGGAUGUCAGGGAGGAAAAUCCUGUUGGAUAGUAGUGGAGUUGGCAUCCAAAGGGCUAGAGCAGGAUGUUUCCUUAAUCUCUUGUCUAAUCCCAGUUUUAAGAUAGCAAGCUAUCACCAGUGCUUAGUUGGAUCUUUUCCAUAUUCUACUUCUGAAAUGUAUAGCAGCUACCUCUUCUGGUAGCUGUUCUGGAGGAGGUGACAAGUUUAGGGAAACCUAGAUAGACAACCAAAGAAUGAAAAUGGCAAUUAAAUGUUUUUAUUUUGCUUUUCAAAGGAACUGAAUCAUCCCUUUCAGUAUGGAAGUUAGUGUCUGCCUGUGAGAAACUGGAUCUUUUUUAAGUGAUGAGAUUGGAGAGUCCAGUCUGUCACUGCCCAGGAACACAAAAUAUCUUGAGUUGGUGAGAGUGAAUAAAUGAUAAAAGCAUAAAUAAUGUUUUUCACUUAUGCAGAGUUUGUACUGCAGUCCUGUAUUUUAAUGUGUGUGCAAGGUUAUGUCAUAGUUGAACUUUUACUACAAAGAUGAAUGCUUGCUGCUGUUCUUGCAGUGAUCAUGGCCAUGUUCUAUGGUAUAUGUGUGGUCUACUGCUUUACUUCUACUUGAUUUUUUACAAACUUGCUUGAAUUAAAAAUAAAUGACUUUAUUUUAGUGCUGAAA